GGGAUCCCGAUGUCUCCAAGGUGGUAGCUGAUGAAACCACAGUCCUUGAUGUCCCUGCUGAGGUUAGCAGGCCGGCCACCAAACAUUUCCAUAGGCUGCAAGAACAGGAAAGCACAACUUCCACACAUGAGCCUUGGCAAGCCAAGGUGCUGAGGACUGAGAAUCAGCACCUUGAGACCAUCUCAACCAUUAAGGCCGGUAGCAGGUGCAAGGAAGAAUUGGAUGAGGAUGUGGCUCCCAAAUCUGCGGCAAAAAACGUGGAGAUGGGGCAUAAAGAAGCAUGUCCAGGAGACCUGGAUCUGUUGUCACCCUCAAGCAGAGUUCGACUUGGUGCUCACUUCGUUGGGAAGUCAUGCAAGGUGCACACUCAGUCCAGCCAGCUCCAGAAGUGCCUGCAGGACGGUGGCGGCAGGACAACUGGGCAGGAAUCCCAGCAGCUCAGUCCUUCUCAAGGAGAGAGCGUAGAGUCUUGCGAGAAAGAGAGCAAAGCUUCCAAAGACUCUAAACUGGCAUGCUCAGAGCAUGGGGGAAAGGGCCCACAGGAGGGGCCUGUGAGGCAGGAGGAGUAUGCAGAGCUGGUGGAGGGUCUUUCUGGCAGCCCAGGGCGCCCACAAAAAGCUCUUUCUCAGAAGGAGACGGUCAAGCGCAGGUACCGCUGCAGGGAGUGUGGCAAAGCCUUCCUGCAGCUCUGCCACCUCAAGAAGCACUGCUUCGUCCAUGUUGGGCACAAGCCUUUUCUUUGCACAGAGUGUGGCAAGAGCUAUAGUUCAGAGGAGAGCUUCAAGGCCCACGUGUUGGCCCACCGAGGUGUGCGGCCUUUCCAGUGCACCCAGUGCGACAAGGCUUACUGCACCAAGCGAGACUUGCAGGAGCACCAGGUCCUGCACACUGGCCAGCGCCCUUUCUCCUGCGAGCAGUGUGGCAAGGCCUUUGCACGCCGGCCCUCUCUCCGCAUUCACAGGAAGAUCCACCUGGCUGCUGAGACUGGCCCAGCUGGUCCCAGGGGAUGCCAGUGUGCUGUAUGCGGACGCCACCUGGCCAACCCCGGCUCCUUGCGCAACCACAUGCGCCUGCACACAGGGGAGCGCCCAUAUGCCUGUCCCUACUGCGGCAAGGACUUCCGGCAGCAGAGUAACCUGCGCGAGCACCUCCGGCUGCACACGGGCGAGAAGCCCUACAAGUGCCGCUUCUGUGGCGACGCCUUCCCCAAGCUGCCGGAGCUGCGGCGCCAUCUCAUCUCCCACACAGGCGAGGCCCACCUCUGCACUGUGUGCGGCAAGGCGCUGCGGGACCCCCACACGCUGCGUGCCCACGAACGCUUGCACACAGGCGAGCGCCCCUUCCACUGCGAGCGGUGCGGCAAGUCCUACACCUUGGCUACGAAGCUGCGGCGCCAUCAGAAAUCCCACCUAGCUGACAAGCCCCACAAAUGCGAGCUCUGUGGCAUGGGCUACACCCUUCCCCAGAGCCUUGCGCGCCACGUGCUCACCCACAAGGCAGAAAAGGACCCUGAGGAGCUCACCCCCGUUGCAGCAGAGCCCACCUUGCUCAUGGUGGAGUCUCGAGGCAGCCCCUCAGAUACUGGAGCAUGCAGGAGGCCCGCUGGGCGUUUGCCGUCGGCAAAGGACGUCAUUGAAAUCACCAUCUCUGAGCAUGAGGACAAAUGCAUUAUAGUGCAGGAUGAGGACUCACCGAGUGACGUGGUCAUCAUCCAGGAGGGGGUGGGUUUUGGAGCAGUGGCAGAAGUGGUGGAGGUCGAGAUGGGGACCUGA